AUGCCACGUGAAUAUCUUAUUACGAUGUUGCUUCCUGCUAUCGGUCAUUUCGUUAAUGGUAGUCAAAUUCGAACAAAUACCGGAACUCCAACGAACAUUUCCUUUUUUACAACAAUCAUUGGAUAUCCGAGCGUAAAUAAAUCCAGUGCAACAGAAGCAGUUUUGAAUGCAUGUCUUGCUAUUGAAAAACAUCUAGGUAUAAAAACUGACGAGAGUCGAAUCAAUUGUAGUGCUACUGUUGAAUCACUCUUGACUGAAUUAAAGAAUACGUGGCCUAGACUUAUUCAAAUUUGGGAUGAGGCAGUUACUCUUCUACAGUCAUUUGAUCUUUAUAAACAAGGUGGCGCUGCAUAUGAUCGAUCAAUCAUGUGCACGUUGUACAACUCAUCUGCCGUUGUUAAACGACAAACUAAAUCAGGAAAUAUUACGGUAGAGAAUCCUGUACUCAAUAUUGCAGCAGCAGCACAUCCAGCCGAUAUUUUUUCUUCCGUAUCUAAUGAAUCCGAUGAUGAUGGUCUAAUGGCUCGCUUUCUCUUUUCUGCACCUCAACCAUGCAUACCUUUAUCUAAUGAAAUAAGAUCACUCAAUAUCGAUGAACCGAGCCUUACUCAUCUGUUAUACAUUAUAUUUUGUUUUAAUUCAACAGAGCAAAAUGAUGGGCGACGUAAUGAUGAUGAAGACCAACGUCCAGUGCAUGAAACUUUAGAUGAAAUGCGACAACGACUUGCACAGAAAAGGGAUGAACAAGAACGAAUAGACAAAAACCAAGCAAUAUUGGCUGAAUCUCGCCGAUCAAAAACAUCAACACGAUCAGAAGAUGGAAAUGAACAGCGAUAUCCUGAAAAGGUUAUCUUACUAGCUAGAGGUACAAAAAUACCGUGGAUCAAUAUAAGCCUAAAUCAUGGAGGAUUUAAAGCAGCUACACUUCAUCAAGCUGCAGCUAAUCUUCAAACUGAAAAACUUGGAUUCUUGAGAAAAGAAAAAACAACUGGUGCUCAAAGAGCAACGACAUACUUUUCCAAAGUACCAAUUGAUCCAAAAUGGAACGCCGAACAAUUAACCACCUUCAGUAAUAAAUUAGCUAACUUCAAUGUUUCGCUGAUGGCUUACCAAGCAUCUUUCACACCUGAAGCAAGUGUUUCCACGACCGAAACAGAAGAUGAAGAGAGUAUGGAUGCCUCUCCUUCACGUGAUGAUGUUCCAACUGCAAUGUCUCCACCACCAUUGCCACCACGUGAUUCCAUUCACACUACUGCUUCAUCAUAUGCAAGCCUUGGAUUUGAAUUACCACCGCCAACAACACGUGUUCAGUCACAGCAACGAACCGAAACGCCAGGAAGUCAAUUUUUCUUACCAUCCGACAAAACAACAACAGAACAAUUUAUAAAACCGCAUACAUUACAAGUUAGAAAGAAGAACAGAAUAGAACCAAUCGAAAAACCAACAUCACCCUACACAUCACCACGAAGGGAUAUUCUUCCAUCUCAAGAAUAUCAAUAUCAAAAUAUUUAG